CACUGAGGGACCAGCGCUUUUUAAGUUACCUGCCUUUCCCAACCUGAGUACACAGAGCGGGCGCUGAGGCUCUGCAAGUGUAGGAGCCCCCAACCGGUGACCGCCGCCUGGGCUAUGGGGACUGAGCAGGAGACUCCACGGCCGAGGGACGGACACACAUCGGAGCCCGCGUUUCGGUCCCAAAGUUCGCCUCGAGCGCCUCCUGGACGCCCGCACACCUCCGCCAGGGGCUCGCAGGUCCCCGGUUCUCUCGGACCGCGACCCAAGCGCUUCCUCGAGGGGGCCUGUCCGGGGAGCGCGGGACGCACGGCUGGCGUCUCCCGGUGCGUGGCCGCCGCUCCGUGUGGGGCGUCUCGCGUGCAGCCCGUGCCCUCCCCCGCCUGGAGGGCUCUUUCUGCGCCCGGAUUUCUCAGCGCGCGCGCAAGACCCUCGCCCGGGACCUGCCCGCUCCCGUCCCCUCAGACUCGACGCCGCAGCCCGGUCCCCUCACCCCACGGCCACGGCCCUCCUCGGGCCCCGACCCUUCGGCGCUUCCCCGCCCUCCGGACUCCCCCUCGACCCGCGGCCCCGCCGCCCCCAGCGCCGCCCCGCACCCGGACACUGACCUGCGGCGGCACCCCGCUCCGGCGUCCCGGCGGCCGACCCGAGUGCCCCAGGCGGCGGCUUAGGCGCGGGCGCGGGCUCGGGCUCAGAUUUGCAGUAAAAGUUCGUGAGGGUGAGUAUCACUUCCGAGAAGAUUCAGAGCUUAAGUCAAUGGAUCCAUGCCCUUCUAUUUGUGCCCUCCAACAAGAAGUGCCACAGCUCUAUAGGAUGUCAAAGAACAUUUAUUGA